UUUUUAUCUGUGGUUGAUUGCUUUGCUUGCUUUGAUUUUCGUUUCGAUUCAUAGCAUUUCGAGAUAAGUUUUUUGUUAAAUGUACCUGUAAUUAGCCAGUAAGCUUUAAGAAAUUAGCAUAAAUACCACCACAAUGUUGUUAGAGCACACCGAAAUAAUAAUUGACUGAUUCUAAACAUUAAAAACAUCUAAUAACAUUGUGAAAAUUUACACCGAAAAAUGGAGACUUCCAAUAAUACAGACGCUGUCAACCUUGGUGUCGGUGAAGUAGAAGCAGAAAUCGGCGAAGAACUCAAACAACUGGAAGAAGGAAAAGAAUAUGACACAAGAAGUGAGGUGUCGAGUUCUACAUCGACAGAUUCCAGCACCCCGAGUAUUAGUUCAGUCAGCUCCAAGUCGAAGGAAAAACGCUCAACUCGGAAACGAACGAAAACAGACAGUCCGUCCCCUUCCUCCGCCGUAAACAAACGGAGAAGACUCGCAAGCACGACCAACAAGGUUAAAACUUACGACUUUAUGACUAAAUUGAAUUAUUUGUUCAGAGACACACGAUUUUUCUUAAUCAAAUCAAAUAACGCUGAGAACAUAACACUCUCCAAAGCUAAAGGAGUGUGGUCAACACUGCCACAGAAUGAAGCUAACCUGAAUCAAGCUUUCAGAGAAUCUAGAAAUGUACUGUUGAUAUUCUCUGUAAAGGAAAGUGGUAAGUUUGCUGGUUUUGCACGAUUGUGCAGUGAAUCUAGAAGAGAUGUGCCCCCUGUGUCAUGGGUGUUGCCACCAGGACUCUCUGCUAAAGUCUUAGAUGGUGUAUUUAAGGUAGAUUGGAUCUGCCGAAAGGAACUACCUUUCAGUAGCACACUUCACUUGUAUAAUCCCUGGAAUGAAGGCAAACCAGUUAAGAUUGGUAGGGAUGGUCAAGAAAUUGAGCCAAAGGUAGCUGAAGAAUUGUGCCGCCUGUUCCCAGAAGAUGAAGGAAUAGAGAUGACACCUAUACUUCGCAAAUCCAAAGAAGCAUCUAAAAAAGGCUACCUAAAGAGUGGUGGAAAUUUUAGAACAUAUCGGGCACCAUUAUCAACCAGAGGUUCAAUAUUCCGAAGUCGGUUGGGUUCUUCUUCUAGAAGCAGGAGGAAGAUAUUUUUGCCCCCAAGGAGUCGUUUAGCUCCACCUACAUACAAAAGACGUUCCCCAUCACCUUAUAUGCGUGAGCGCCUGCCAGCCUGGUUUGGACGGGCUCGUGAAGGCUACAGUGCUUCAGGAUCAGCAGCUGCAGAGGCAUAUGUUGCCGAGUACAUGAGGUCCAUGCACCACCAGCUGCCACCAUUACCUUAUGUACCUCCUCCUGGGUUUGGUGCGGCUCUGGCAUCAUAUGAUGGACUGCCUCCACCUCCACCACCACCACCACCCCGAUAUUACGAUGCCCCUGCGUUAGCUGACUACCCACGGUCGGUGCUUGUGUAUGACAAAAGAUCUUAUGAACGAUCUGUAGAUGAGUUCUUAUGGCGUACUUCUGACCGAUCUCGCGGCCGCAGUCGUGAACGUGAAACGCAUAGAUCAUACCGUGACCGCAGAUAAAGAUAGUGAUUGUCCACCGAUGUAUUAAUUUAAUCAUGAUUAUCAGUAAUAAAAUAUGUGUAUGGAA